UGAAGCAAUAUCCAAAGCCCCAAGGUGUCUAUAUCUGUAUCUGUCACUUAAUCCAAUAUCGUGAUGGUUGAUGAGACCAAGCAAACGCGCGGAUCUCCGCCUCUGCCAGUACUUGGGACAUCCCAAAGGUUCUAUGAUAUCGACGAGCGUCUCCGUCAGGCAGGCUAUGAGCUCGAGUUCCCAACCUAUCCUAAAUCAGUAUCGAUCCCUCCUCAAUUUAACUUCUCCUACAAGCCUUUACAGACUGGUAAAUCCAUCCACCUACUGCGACUAGAUCCAGCGGAAACAGAAGACGCCCCCCUCUACGCCCGCUUUAUCGACACAGGCGAGAGUGACAAUCCUACCGCCUACGAGGCCAUAUCGUACAUGUGGGGUGAGCCCAUCUUUAACGCGCGGCUGCGUAUCGGGGAUGGGACGGCGUGCCCCUUAGAAGAGCUCGGCAUCACAGCUAAUCUGGCCUCGGCACUCCGACGCUUUCGGCUGCGGGAUAGCGUGCGGGUAUUGUGGGCAGAUGCCGUGUGUAUCAACCAGAGUGACAUACAAGAGAAGCAGAUCCAAGUGGGCAUGAUGGCUGGCAUCUACAAGAAUGCAGCCCAGGUGCUGAUCUGGCUGGGCCCGGGUGCUGAUGAUGUUACGCACCGGGCCAUGGAUGGGUUCCGCGACUUGGCCAGAUGGCUCAUUGACCGUGGGCUGGGAUCGGUACCGGACGACAAGUCAGAUCUUGCUAUGGCUCUUCUGUUUAACAAGAAAUUCCUUACCAUCCCAGCUGAUCGCUCAGUGACUCAGAUACAGGACGAAGUACUCGAGAACGGGAUGGGGAAGAUAUACACCAACCCCUACUUCUCGCGCAUGUGGAUCGUGCAGGAGAUUGCCCUCGCUAGUAGGGCCAUCAUCUACCAGGGCCAAUGCGAGCUUGAGUGGACCACCUUUGCCAUAGCCAUGAUGGGGCUCAAAGCCAUGGUCGACAACCGGUCUAACAUGUUUGUCUAUGACGAGAAGAUGCUGCGCCGUGCUGCCGAGAUUGCGGAGGUCCAGUUGAUGUUUACGCUGUGCAGCGGACCCCCAAGGCUUGAUGGAAAACCCCUUGACGCCUUCGGCGCCAGCAUGCGCAAGCUUCGAGGGCAGACCUGUGCAGACGAUAGAGACCGAAUAUACGCCCUACUAAGUCUGCAGACCGGCGACCGCACAGUCCACAUGAAGCCUGACUACUCUCUAGCACUAAAUGACAUAUUUCUAGAUUUUGCCCGCAAAGCCUUAGAGAGCGGGAGGCUCGAGGUCCUGUAUGACGCCGGAACGUGGGAUCGGCAGUUUUCUCCCAGCCAACUUCGUGCUGAGCAGGGUUUCCUACCCUCUUGGGUGCCCGAUUACCGCAGCCCGAGCCCGGCUCGCCAGCUGUCCUGGCUCGCACGUUACGUUGAAGCCAAAAACUAUGAACUGCUGGAGUCGGAGCAAACAAAGAUUGGCGGCAAGGGGUUCAUACUCGAGAUAGAGGCGUUCUGCCUCCUCCAAAUCUCCGACUGUGUCUCCAGGGAGUUCCCCGACCCCAGGAUUCAUAUAGGCGGCCAACCGGGCUGCUUCGAGGCUACAAGGGAGCACGUCCUAGCAUGCCGUGAGAUGUUCAAGAGGGUCAGCCAAUCGAACGAGUAUCCUUUGGGCGGCGACGCAGAGACGGCCUUCUGGUCGACUCUGGUCACAAAGUCUUCCUGCCUGACCAGCCAAACCGUCACGGGCUUCGGCGACAACAUGGUUUACUCUGCAGAGGGGCUGAGAAAUGCGUCGGAAAUGUUCAAGGCGCAUUGCCUGGAUGAGAAUGGUGAGGUGUUUAAGGACAGGUUCAAUGUGAGCGUGAACCGCAGCUGGGCGAUUAGCAAGGCAAGCUUCGACGUGGCCACGGCCAUAGUGUUCUACGAGACCGUGCGGGACACUAUUGCUGAUGUCCCGUUCUUCGUGAGCGACGACGGCCUUGUCGGUCUGGCCGCCCCAGGUACAAUGGUGGGCGACAUAGUUGUAUGUGUUAAAGGCUCUGCGAUCCCGUUAGUCCUUCGACCUUCGCCGGUUCGAGGCUUGUGCUCACUUGUAGGAUCAUGUUACCUGGCCGGUUAUUGCCCGUUUUACAUAGAGCGGUAUCAGACUUAUUCGCUAUUCUGAUAACCCUAGUGGUCGUAAAUACAUUCCUUCUAGUCAGCUUUUCCAUAUAGCAACACUAGCCAGAGGUUAUCCCGGAUUCAAGCCCAGACGGCAGCAGCCUACUCUCGCUUCUUAAUCUAACUCGAGUUAAAACAAUAAUGAAUCAUUCUGGCUUAAGCUGGC